AACGCCACAUUCGCUCGCUGGUCGGACAACUGGGUUGCGCGCUUUCUUCUCCUUCAAUAUACCAUCCUCCCUUUUCCCCCGUCGGCUAUCAUAAGUCUGACUGAUGAUAACUCGACCUUCUUUCUCGCUCGACCAGCGGCAUUUGGUCCGCUUCUACCGACCAAAGGCCUCAGCGGUCAGCUAUGGGUAGGAAGUGGGUUUAGUGAGGGGGGAUUAGCUGGUGGCGUUGAAGGGGAACUUGGGUGCUCCGAUAUCCCAGGCUGGGGCGAGGGCACCAAUCAUAAAAAACAAGACAAGGUCUUCAGGAGUACGGAGCAGAGUUCCGGCAUCUCCGGAGGUAGUACAGUGAAGGAUCAAUCACCAAACCAUCCGCGGUCAGUGUCGCAGGCCGAUACCACCGCACAAAAUGAUCGAGAUGAUACAGCCACUCCGCUGCUGGCGGACGAUGGCACUGACGAUCACCUGCACCAUCCGCUGCUUGAGACCGGUGCUUCUAAUCUGGGAAUGAGUCAGAAGCAUGAGGAUUAUGUCCCAAAUAAGCCACCUGCGCAUGCCGAUAUUCAAUCGCUACAGGAAACCGCCGAAAUACAGGGGAAGGUAGUGCUGUUGAGUCGAGGUGGCUGUGGAUUCUUAGAGAAGGUCAAAUGGGCGCAACGGCGAGGAGGGAUUGCUUUGAUUGUCGGUGACGAUACUCGAGGUGGCAAUUUAGUCACUAUGUAUGCACGAGGCGAUACAUCGAACGUUACCAUUCCAGCCUUGUUCACAUCGCAUACUACCGCCCAUCUUCUAUCAUCGUUGAUGCCUGGACACUCAGGGGGGACGGCUAGCUUGGGGAAUGUGCUCAAAUCCUCUCAAGCGAAGCAGGCUGACCAGGCUGACGGUAGCAAAGAACGUGUCGCAACUACCACGACCACUUUGGCUACUCCGAGUCCAACAGUGAGCAGCCAUUCUCCGGCUAAGGAGGGACCUGCGCGCACGUCUCAUUCCGCAGGCGGAUUUUUACGUUCCAUUGGGUCAUUUUUGGGUCUCUGCGAUACGAACAGGGGCCCACGGCAUUUGGAAGACAGCAGACGUCCGCCGAGCAGCGGGAAUAUCGAUUGGAUCGACCUCGGUUCAUGGGAUGAGAAAGAGGGAUUGUCCAGCGCGUGGAAAAGAUCGACGGGUCUCAACCAUCGCAGUAAGCCCAAGGUGGACUCUACGCUUGACAGCCGCAAGGCCGACAUGUUCCCUGAAAGUUUUGACGAUGACGACUUCGUAAUUGGGGUUCAGGACUGGAGAGAUCCGGAUCUGAUGCCUCCCAAGAUCAGCACAGCUUCAACCGGAAAUGAUGCCAAGACUACCAGUGCAAAUAAGGAUCCUGCAGCUUCUUCUAAUGGUCUCCAGGGUGGUAGCAUCACACCGGGGAGUGGAGAAUACCAAAGCAUUGACAAGUCCAGUGCUAGUUCUCAUGGCGCGCGCCUCAAAGGGUCUGAGAAAGAAUCUACUGCGGCUCAUGGAAAGACUGGGGAUACUGCCAAGGGGUGGUUUUCGAGUCACUUUAGCUGGGGAGGGGGCCCUCAGAAAGGGCCCCAGCCUUCCUUGUCGCCCUCGGUGCAGGGAAGCUCUGAAGCAACCCAGAAAACGCAAAAUAGCGCUCAUGCAUCCGACCUUCUCAGUGCGCAGUCUCCUGAGCAUGAAGGACUUUGGGUCACCAUGACACCUACGAGCAUGUCCACCAGCCCCUUCUUCGAUACUCUUUUAGUACUUGUCGUCAGUCCACUGCUCACGCUGACAGUCGUGUACGCGCUUUUGCUGCUGCGGUCACGAAUUCGCCGUCGCCGCUGGCGUGCACCUAAGUCGGUUAUCGAGCGGCUCCCUGUCCGGACAUACCACACAAUCACUACCACUUCAUCCUCUUCAUCUUCCAACUCAACACGACCACCUAGCCCUGGUAUUAUCUCCCCGACGUCUCCGCUUCUUGGCAACGGAAGCAGACCAAGCGCAUCACGACCAAACAGACCCCGCUCAGAGACAGUUCCGGGUACUAUGCUAGACCCAUCUUCCCUACCCAAGGAGAAGUGUAACUUGCAGGGCGGAUCUACUUUGUGGCGACGCAAAUAUACAGGAAGGCAAGUAGAGUGUGUCGUAUGUCUUGAGGAAUAUAUCGACGGACAGAGCCGUGUCAUGAGCUUGCCAUGUGGCCAUGAAUUCCAUGUGGAAUGCAUCACCCCCUGGUUAACUACCCGUCGGCGAACCUGCCCGAUCUGCAAAGGCGAUGUCGUUCGUUCUAUGGCUCACUGUCAGUCCGGUGACUCACGAGUUCGUCGGGGGCAGUCCGAUGACGAUGCUCAUUCUUCUCAACCACUCUCCCGAGACAGCGCAUCUUCCGCUCCGGUGUUUAUCGAAGGUGUCACCAAUGAUGCUUUAGAUGCGGAAGAAACCGCAAGCCUACUUGGUGACCAUGCCAGUUCGGCCCCACAGUCAAGCUGGAGAAAUUUGGCUACUCUUAGUUUUUCUGCUUUGAGCGGUGAUACCAUAUGGCACCAGGCGCGUGCUGAUCGCAAUCGCUGA